UAAUAAACGAAAUGAGGAAAAAUUGAUCCAAGUAUUAUGUAACACGUCUAGAACUCAAUAGAAAUCUCUAGAAUUCACUCGAACUGCAAACCAAUUGGCUGUCAAAACUCACCACCGCUUUUGUUAUCCAAUCAGCUAGAAUCUUCUAGAUACUCCAUAAUUCAACUACUUAUACCCUUCUCACUUUCACCAAUUUCCUCCACAUUAUUCAACAAAGAAGAAUUGUACUUGUUAUACUUACUUAAUUCUACUUACUUGCUAUUUGAUUUGUAUUUGUUAUUGUUAUUGUUGUUAUAGUUGAAAAAAUUCUAGUGUUGAAAUGGCUGGAAAAGGUGAAGGACCGGCGAUCGGAAUAGAUUUAGGGACGACGUAUUCGUGUGUAGGUGUAUGGCAACAUGAUCGUGUUGAGAUUAUUGCGAAUGAUCAAGGCAACAGGACGACGCCUUCGUAUGUAGCGUUUACUGAUACGGAGAGGUUGAUUGGUGAUGCUGCUAAAAAUCAAGUUGCUAUGAACCCUACCAACACUGUUUUUGAUGCUAAGCGAUUGAUUGGAAGGAGGUUCAGUGACCCUUCAGUACAAAGUGACAUGAAGCUAUGGCCCUUCAAGGUUAUCCCAGGACCAGCUGACAAGCCGAUGAUUGUUGUUAACUAUAAAGGCGAAGACAAACAAUUCUCCGCGGAAGAGAUCUCCUCGAUGGUCCUCAUUAAAAUGAAGGAAAUUGCGGAGGCUUUUCUUGGAACAACAAUCAAGAAUGCUGUUGUUACUGUCCCUGCUUACUUCAAUGAUUCGCAACGUCAGGCUACUAAGGAUGCCGGUACUAUUUCUGGGCUCAACGUUAUGCGUAUUAUCAAUGAGCCGACUGCUGCUGCAAUUGCUUAUGGACUCGACAAGAAAUCGAGUAGUACAGGGGAGAAAAAUGUGCUUAUUUUUGACUUAGGUGGUGGUACAUUUGAUGUUUCACUUCUUACAAUUGAAGAAGGUAUCUUCGAAGUGAAGGCUACUGCUGGUGACACACAUCUUGGUGGGGAAGAUUUUGAUAACAGGAUGGUUAAUCAUUUUGUUCAAGAAUUCAAGAGGAAGAACAAAAAGGACAUUAGUGGGAAUCCUAGAGCUUUGAGGAGGUUGAGGACUGCGUGUGAAAGGGCGAAAAGAACGCUCUCAUCUACUGCUCAGACGACGAUUGAGAUUGAUUCUCUUUAUGAGGGAAUUGAUUUCUAUACUACGAUUACUCGUGCGAGGUUUGAGGAGCUUAACAUGGAUCUUUUCAGGAAAUGUAUGGAGCCUGUUGAGAAGUGUUUGAGGGAUGCUAAAAUGGAUAAGAGCGGCAUUCAUGAUAUCGUUCUUGUUGGUGGCUCUACGAGGAUUCCAAAGGUGCAACAGUUGCUGCAGGAUUUCUUUAAUGGCAGGGAACUCUGCAAGAGCAUUAACCCUGACGAGGCUGUUGCAUAUGGAGCUGCUGUGCAAGCUGCAAUCUUGAGUGGUGAAGGGAAUGAGAAAGUUCAGGACCUCUUGCUGUUGGAUGUUACUCCUCUUUCCCUUGGCUUGGAGACUGCUGGUGGUGUUAUGACCACAUUGAUUCCGAGGAACACCACGAUUCCAACGAAGAAAGAGCAGGUGUUUUCGACCUACUCAGACAAUCAGCCUGGUGUCUUGAUUCAAGUUUAUGAGGGUGAAAGAGCCCGGACUAGAGAUAACAACUUGCUUGGUAAAUUUGAACUCACUGGCAUUCCUCCAGCACCGAGAGGUGUACCACAGAUCACUGUAUGCUUUGACAUUGACGCGAAUGGUAUCCUAAACGUCUCUGCUGAGGAUAAAACAACUGGCCAGAAGAACAAGAUUACCAUCACGAAUGACAAAGGAAGAUUGUCUAAGGAAGAGAUUGAGAAAAUGGUUCAAGAAGCUGAGAAGUACAAAGCUGAAGAUGAAGAGCAUAAGAAGAAGGUCGAAGCUAAGAACGCAUUGGAGAAUUAUGCAUACAACAUGAGGAACACCAUCAAGGAUGAGAAGAUCGGUUCGAAGCUUUCUCCUGAGGAUAAAAAGAAGAUUGAGGAUUCAGUUGAGCAGGCGAUUCAGUGGCUUGACGGAAAUCAGUUAGCUGAGGCUGAUGAAUUCGAGGACAAGAUGAAGGAACUCGAGAGCAUAUGCAACCCUAUUAUAGCGAAGAUGUACCAGGGUGGCGCUGAUGGUCCUGACAUGGCUGGUGGCAUGGAUGACGAUGGUCCGUCUGCUGGUGCUAGUGGUGCUGGCCCUAAGAUUGAAGAAGUUGAUUAAGCUCCACAUUACCCAGAUAAUGAUGAUAUCUAGCCCUAGUAGCCAAUAAAAUGGAAUAUAGUAGUUUGGUUCUGUUGUUGUUAUGGUACUUGGAAAAUCCUUAAAACUUCACCUUGUUGUCCUAGUUUUUUUAAAUGUAGGGCUGAUGACCCCCCUACAUUUGCUCUUUGAUCUGGCUGUUAAUUGAACCGGUGAAUGUGAAAGUUAAUCAAUUAUUGUAAGCUAAAUGCAACUUUUGUUUUUUGUGAUGUUA